AUGUACACAAACUUAGAACAGGAGGAGAUGUACACAAACUUAGAACAGGAGGAGAUGUACACAAACUUAGAACAGAGGGAAAUGUACACAAACUUAGUACAGGAGGAGAUGUACACAAACUUAGAACAGAGGGAGAUGUACACAAACUUAGAACAGAGGGAGAUGUACACAAACUCAGAACAGAGGGAGAUGUACACAAACUUAGAACAGAGGGAGAUGUACACAAACUUAGAACAGAGGGAGAUGUACACAAACUUAGAACAGAGGGAAAUGAAAACAAACUUAGAACAGGAUGAGAUGUACACAAACUUAGAACAGAGGGAGAUAACAGAGAGAGAUGUACACAAACGUAGAACAGAGGGAGAUGUACACAAACUUAGAACAGAGGGGGAUGUACACAAACUUAGAACAGGAGGAGAUGUACACAAACUUAGAACAGAGGGAGAUGUACACAAACUUUGGACAGAGGUAGAUGUACACAAACUUAGAACAGAGGAAGAUGUACACAAACUUAGAACAGAGGGAGAUGUACACAAACUUAGAACAGGAGGAGAUGUACACAAACUUAGAACAGAGGUAGAUGUACACAAACUUAGAACAGAGGGAGAUGUACACAAACUUAGAACAGAGGGAGAUGUACACAAACUUAGAACAGAGGGAGAUGUACACAAACUUAGAACAGAGGGAGAUGUACACAAACUUAGAACAGAGGGAGAUGUACACAAACCUAGAACAGAGGUAGAUGUACACAAACUUAGAACAGAGGGAGAUGUACACAAACUUAGAACAGAGGGAGAUGUACACAAACUUAGAACAGAGGGAGAUGUACACAAACUUAGAACAGGAGAUGUACACAAACUUAGAACAGAGGUAGAUGUACACAAACUUAGAACAGAGGGAGAUGUACACAAACUUAGAACAGAGGGAGAUGUACACAAACUUAGAACAGAGGGAGAUGUACACAGACUUAGAACAGAGGGGGAUGUACACAAACUUAGAACAGGAGGAGAUGUACACAAACUUAGAACAGAGGGAGAUGUACACAAACUUUGGACAGAGGUAGAUGUACACAAACUUAGAACAGAGGGAGAUGUAUACAAACUUAGAACAGAGGGAGAUGUACACAAACUUAGAACAGGAGGAGAUGUACACAAACUUAGAACAGAGGGAGAUGUACACAAACUUAGAACAGAAGGAGAUGUACACAAACUUAGAACAGAGGUAGAUGUACACAAACUUAGAACAGAGGGAGAUGUACACAAACUUAGAACAGAGGGAGAUGUACACAAACUUAGAACAGAGGGAGAUGUACACAAACUUAGAACAGAGGGAGAUGCACACAAACUUAGAAUAAAUGUUGCUGCACAGCUUAUUGCAACUUAUCAGCAACAAGAAUUCCAGGUACUUAGUUUAAGAAGUCAUUUGCUAAGCAUCCUAUCAGACAGCUGA